GUUUCUUCCAUGUGCCCCGCUGUGGCCUCAGCGGCUAGUCCUGCUGACACAAGUGUUGACAGCUCCUCAGCUACUGCCGCUGAUUCUUGCGCUAAGUGCAGUGCUGAGGCGUUAACCGCUGGUACUUGCGCCCCAGGAGUCUACGCUAUCAGGUAUGCCGUCACAGACUCUGACUCUAACACGGCCUCACUCUUGCGGGUGGUGACGGUGGAGGAGAGGAUAACCGGUGUCUUUACCCUCAGCAUUCGGGCUUCAUUCCCCCUAUCGUCUGCGCCACCUCCCCCUCCGCCCCUACCUGUGAAUAUAACAUACAGCGGCAACAGUAGCAACAGCGGCAGUAGCACCAAGGAUGCGCCAGCAGCAGCCCUCGGGAACACAGUCAACAUGACCUCUGUUGCAUUCGCAGAUCGCUUGCUGCGUGAGCCUGACCUGCAGUUGCAACUGGCAAGCGCUUUCCUGUCAACGUUUCAGUUUAACAUGUCCCUUGUACGAUAUGCUAUUGUAACGCACGCUACGGUCGUCAUGGCCAACAUCAACUCGUCGUCUGUAUCAGCAGCAGUCAUGUCCCUGAAUAUCACUGCUACGCUUACAGUCAACAUAGGAAUCCCCUUAACGCCUGGUUCACUACCAUCUUUCACUGUUGACGGUGGCAGCCGCCGCCGGCUUUCAUGUACUGGCGUUUCUCAUGCUGCACAGCUUCCUGCUCCUUCCUCGGCAGCAGGCAAUGCGCCCCCGACCUUGGAACUGGCGGGCCAACGUGCACCGAUGUCUAUAGGCAGCAGCGCAAUUCCUUCUGGCGUCAGGAGCCAGACAAUGCUGCCCGAAAGUGGCCAAGCGGGCAGCACUCCGGGACCUGCAUCCCUGGUUCCACUGGCUACAGCAGACGAUCAGCAGAAAUCCGGCCGCCGCCUUCCUCUUGUAGCAGCACCUAAGCUGCCGGUGAAGGCUUCUUCAAGGGGCGAGCUAUCGACUACUGAGCGAGGGGAGUUUGUAGUACGUCAGCAGUUAGAGCGGGUUCGACAAUUGGCAGGUAACUACAGUGACAGUACUGGUAUGGACGGAACCCGGCCAGGGGGAACCCGGUCACUGCUUGAGGACUCGGAUUCAUGCGGUGCUGCAGUAGCAACCCUUGUUGCACUUUUUAGCAAUGCGCCCAAGGCAUAUUCCUCAUCUUCUCUCUUCCCUGCCAUCUCAAGCGCUGGUCCACCGAUCAUCACAUGUGACACGCCCACCGUGAACUAUAACUUGGCAUCACUGGCAGCAGCUACCGGCCUCAUGUCGGAAGUAUAUGAAAUGGCAGUAAGUGUUCGUCAGGUCGCGGAGAAAGCCAGCAGUACUGCCUCCCAGAUUGACAGCUAUGAUGACGCCCAGCAAUCGUCCGCGCUGGAGGCAGUUGAAGAGCUACAGGACAUGACUAGCGGUGCGGUUGCGAACAGCUCCGCCAAGGUUGAUACCUCGGUGCACCUCCUGGUCGACGAGACCACAGCAGGCAAGGGCUCAACGGCUUCAGCAACCACAACCUCCGUUCUGCUUCAGACGGCAACUGCGGAGAUGGAGAACAUCACGAGUUACACACUAAUGACUGUAGAAGCCGUCAUAGCCAGCCUAGGCAGCCAGGCACCUGACGAUGGCUCUGAGGACAUGCAUGAUUUGCGAAACUGCUUGAUGACCAGAGAAGAUGGCCGAGGCAUGAAAAUUUCGUUCACGAUAGGUGCAGAACCUUCAUCACAGCCUCCAUCUCUUAAUCGUCGGCAGAGGCAGCUCAUGGCUGUCAGCGGCGGGGGUGCUGGUUACAGCAGCCGAAAGACAGAUUAUGUUGCGGGUUAUCCACUGCAAA